GGGACCAGCCAUGAGGCAGGAAAAGGUGCCGUGGAGCUUUGGGGAGAUGUGACCGGGCUGCUGGUGACUCAGAGAUCCUGCUGACACAAGGGCUGCUGCCUGCAACGGGUAUCGGAAAGAGAUGCUGGCCCAGAGGGGGCCCUGCUGGGGUGGGAUGGAGGAUCCAGCUGGGCCAAAGAAGUGCUGCUGUUGUUGUGAUGUGUCCCUUCCUGUGAGGGCAGGCAGCUGUGGUGCUGACCCCAUCGUGCCUGGAUGUGGUACAGUGAUCCCAAAGGCUGGCUGAGGCCAGGAGCCUCGUGGAAGGCGUUUCUGUGUCUGGGGCGCACGCAAGUGCAAGAAGGCAGCGGCCACGACAUUAAUGGAGCUCUGGAGCCAUCUAACAUCGACACCAGCAUCCUGGAGGAGUACAUCAGCAAGGAGGACUCACCAGAUAUCUGUUUCCCUGACAUCUCUGCUUCAUCUGGCUGUGCACACCCCCAGCCCUCCAGCUCAGCCACCGUCAACGCGCCUCUUCCCAGUUCCGUCGGCAGUGCUGGGCAUGUGAACAACCCUGCUUCCAGUGGUUCCCUCCACCUUCCUCCCCCGGGCAGCCAGAUCCCGAUCCGUCACGGUCCUCUCCUGGCCAACCCUUGCGGACCCAGCUAUGGUGCUCACCUCAACUGCAAUAACAACAAUGGCAUGGCGGUGCCCAAGGGCUACCUCGGUGGCCACUGCCUAAACAACAUGGUCCCUCCAAUCAAAUCGGAGCCCAAGGCCUCCUACGCACCUGGCACUUUACCCGACUCUCCCCCUGACUCUGGUUCAGAAGCCUACUCCCCUCAGCAGGUGACUGAUCCUCACCUCCUCCGGACCAUGACCCCCGAGAACAUGUGCCAUGUAAUCCCCCCGUCCCGCCUGGAGCACCCCCCGCCGCCGCCACCUCCUCCUCCUCCUCCUCCCCACCUGCAGGCCGUGCCCCCUCCUUCCCACCCGCACUACCCUGGCCUGCAGCGGGACCUGUACAUGAAGGCUGAGCCCCUGAUGCCACCCUAUGGCAUGGGGCAGGGCAUGGCACCAGCUGACCUCCACCACGCUCAGCAGUCACAGAUGCUGCACCAGCUUCUGCAGCAGCACGGAGCAGACCUCCCGGUGCACCCUGCCAAGAAAAGGAAGCACUCCGAGUCGCCCCCCAACACCCUCAGCGCACAGAUGCUCAAUGGGCUGAUAAAGCAGGAGCCAGGCAUGGGGUCUGUGCCACUCAACCCCGACAGAGUUCCCACUCCUCCUUGGCACCAGCCGGGACCUCUCUCUCCAGGCCUGAUCCAGGAUAACGACAGCUUGAAUGGCUCCUACCUAGACCCCAACUACCAGUCUAUAAAGUGGCAGCCACAUCAGCAAAACAAGUGGGCAACUCUCUACGAUGCCAACUAUAAAGAACUCCCCAUGCUCACCUACCGCGUGGAUGCUGACAAAGGGUUCAACUUCUCCGUGGGCGACGACGCCUUCGUGUGCCAGAAGAAGAAUCACUUCCAGGUCACGGUCUACAUCGGCAUGCUUGGAGAUCCCAAGUAUGUGAAGACCCCCGAGGGCCUGAAGCCCUUAGAGUGCUUCUACCUGAAGCUGCACGGAGUGAAGCUAGAGGCCUUGAACCAGUCCAUCAACAUUGAGCAGUCGCAGUCCGACCGCAGCAAACGGCCCUUCAACCCUGUCACGGUCAACCUGCCUCCAGAGCAGGUCACCAAGGUCACUGUGGGGCGGCUGCACUUCAGCGAGACCACAGCCAACAACAUGAGGAAGAAAGGAAAGCCCAACCCAGACCAGAGGUAUUUCAUGCUCGUGGUAGCCCUGCAGGCACACGCACAGAACCAGAACUACACGCUUGCAGCCCACAUCUCUGAGCGCAUCAUCGUCCGCGCCUCCAACCCUGGGCAGUUUGAGAGUGACAGCGAUGUGCUGUGGCAGCGGGCUCAGCUCCCUGAUACUGUUUUCCACCACGGCCGGGUGGGCAUCAACACGGACCGCCCCGAUGAAGCCCUCGUGGUCCAUGGCAAUGUGAAGGUGAUGGGUUCCCUGAUGCAUCCGUCAGAUGUCCGAGUGAAGGAGGACAUCCAGGAGGUGGACACCACAGAGCAGCUGAAGAGGAUCUCGCGGAUGCGGCUGGUGCACUACAACUACACACCUGAGUUUGCAGCUACGGUGGGCAUCGACAACACCUCUGAGACAGGUGUCAUUGCUCAAGAGGUGAAGGAGAUCCUCCCUGAAGCUGUGAAGGACACCGGGGACCUGGUCUUUUCCAAUGGGAAGACUCUGGAGAACUUCCUGGUGGUGAACAAGGAGCGCAUCUUCAUGGAGAACGUGGGAGCUGUGAAGGAGCUGUGCAAGCUGACAGACAACCUGGAGACCCGCAUCGAUGAGCUGGAGAGGUGGAGCCACAAGUUGGCCAAGCUGAAACGCCUCGACAGCAUGAAGUCAACUGUGAGCUCUGGGGCAUUCAGCCAAACGGGAAGCCAGUUCAGCCGUGCAGGAAGCGUGCCCCACAAAAAGAGGCCUCACAAGAUAGCCAGCAAGUCACCGUCGGUUGUCCCGGAGCAGGCCUGUAUCAGUCAGCGCUUCCUGCAAGGCACCAUCAUUGCCUUGGUGAUCAUCAUGGCCUUCAGUGUGGUGUCCAUGUCCACGCUCUACGUGCUGAGCUUGCGCAGCGAGGAGGACCUUGUGGACAUUGAAGGCUCUUUUGCUGUGCCCACUGCCUGUCUCCUGGCCCUCUUUCGGCACAGGGGUCCCGGGGUCCCAGUUGCUCUGUGUCCACGGUCAAGCCAGAACAUCGACAAAACGCAGAUGGUGCGAUCCACAGCUGCGUCAGACAGAGCCAGCAGCGGGACCCCAACACACCACGUCACAUCAGACGUGCUCGACUUACUCGAUGCUUUACCUGGUCACAGCGUGCUUGCCUGCUUCAACCCACCGUGUUUCUCCACGUGCUGCUCUGCUGCUCCCACCAAUGCCUCCUCUGUUGUUGCCCUCUCUGAGGCCAGCCCUACUCAUGCCACCAAUCAGACAGACCAAAGUCAGACCUCACUGCAGCCAGUGACAAAUAUCAAAGCCAAAUCCAGGGGCAUCACCAGGAAGGCGACCUCCUACACCAAGUGGCCAAAGACGCCUGACAGGUCUCAGAGCUUCGGCAGCCCCAAUGCCAGCCCCUCCUCCCCCUUCACCCACCUCCAGGGCAAAUCCAAGUACAUCUCCAACCUCUCGCUCUCCCGCAGCAACUCCCCACUGGGGCAGGCCCGGCCGCAGCGCAGCAUCAGGCAGCCGGUGAGCGAGUGGCCCCACACGCAGGACCCCAGCACGGAUGGGCCGAGCCCAGUGCUGCGUUCCAUCCGGAUCCUGGAGAUUGAUAUGGCCAUCCAGUCCCCGUUCUGCGCGGCCAGCAACGCGUGCAGGACUGGAAACUUCACCUACCGCAUCCCGAUCAGCCAGCUGACAGCAGUGAACACCAACCUGACCCUGGAGAUGAACUCCUCCUCUGUGCUGUCCAUCUCCCUUUGUGGCCUUAUCUCCAGUGACCCUUGCCAGGACGUUGCGAGCACAGACAGCUUCAGUGAUGGCACGGACACACAGGAAACGAUGCACCGUUGGCCUCUUGUGAUGCUGUCUUUCAGGGAGUUCACCUACCACUUCAGGGUGGCACAGACUGGCCAAGCCAACUGCAGCACUACUCCCGAACAGAUGGGACACCUUUUUACUGACUAUUAUUUUCAGUUUUACUGGCUCUGUGAGUGAGUCCUGGCAGCACCAGUGCCCUUUGGUUGGAGAGAGGAGGGGGACUGGUGACACCGGGGAACCUCCUGUACGCCCUCCUCCGCUUGACCCCCAGCCCCACCUCAGCCCCAUCGCCCUCCUCGGGGGUGGAGAUGGUUUGGUUGUGGCUGGCAGUGCUGACACCGAAGUACAGCACACACAGAACACAGGACCUAAGCCACAGAAACACAACCAGCCCCGCGCCAUCUCCUGGGCUCACCUGGCACCAACACUGCCCCAAACACCCCUCCUUCCCUUCUGGGGACGUUUGUGUCCUCCACCCCCCUGCGACACUGGAUUUGAAAGCAUUACACUGGACACAACGUGGAUGGAUCAGCCGCAUCCCAGAGCACGGGACUGGCCCAGCCGUGCCACGUCACUUCUCCACAACACUGGAAUUGCUCAACACUGGAGCCCUUUCCAAGAGGGAAAAGCUGGAGUUUCACCUGGAAAGGAAAGGCUGUGCCUGGACAUACUGGAAGUUGUACACUGGAGUCGCUGUUCUUUCUGCUUGGACCUGCAGCCCCACUGGACCCCUGGAGACCUCAGGACCCCUGUUCUCCACAGAAGGUGCAGCUUCCACAUUUGCAACCCCUCCCCCCCUUCCUCGCUGUGCUGUCACCAUAUCCAGGUCAGGAUGGAUAAACUCCAGAACCCCACUAAAGAUGCUGCUCAGGCUGUGCCCAGGCCAAACCACACGUGGGGACGCUUAACCAUCAACUCAUGGGAGGAGAACUACCCCAAGCCAUCCGUGUUAAGUGUUGCUUAAACACUGUGGGACCCGUUUUCUUCGCUUGCCAGCGGUGCUUGGCCACUUGUGAUGUGCACAGAGCUGCCCAGUUGGCUCUGAAGAAGAAGACAACUGGCCAAGCCUGGUGUGCCCUGCAGAGCAAGGCUGAGCUGCUGGGGAUGCGUGGUGUGGUUUCACUGCACCGCCAGCAUAAUGGGGGGAAGCAGCAACGACAGUGAGUUCUCACUGUCUGCUCUCAGAACGCAGUUGUGUUGAGUGUACUCUGGGUAUUCUACUGUUACAAGUUCUUAACUUGCUAAACUACUGAAUUUAAUGUUGUUUUGUUUUUUUUUUUUUUAAGCCGCAUAAAAAAUGGGUCUCUUAAUUCUGUCCCUGUUGAGCUCUGUGCGUCUUGCAUAGGAAACCGAAGGGGGGCACUGCUAAGCUCCACGUUAAAGCCUGACUGCUGCAGCAGUGCUGGGAUGUCAGCUCCCAGCACCCACAUGUCCUCCUCCUCCCUGUCCUGCUCCAGCUAAAGGAGACCACCACCACCAGCUCCAGAAAACGGAGGCUCAUUUUCCUAAGGAAGCAGCACUGGGGGAUGGCAGCGAGGGGGGACACUGCUGUCCUGAAGGAAACCCUAAAGCUGACGAAGAGAAGAGCACAGUUUCCUUUGGGAAACCACAUCAGGACCUGGCUGCUGCGCUAUGUUCUGUCAGUGGAGACGGAUGCAGCGAUCCCUUUGCCAGCUGCAGGCCAUGCUGUUUCCAUCACUGAGGAGCAGAGGGCAGGAGCAGCUCUCUACCACCACCAGCAGGCUCUUCUGCUCUGGAGAAACAAACGAGCUGCAAAGAUGUUUCACCCGAUAGAUGAUUCCGACGUGCACCCCUUCUGUUCCAGAGCUCCCUUCUGAGCCUGUCCCAGCAGAGCAGCCGCAGCCUUGCAAUUCCUUGCAGCAUCACUGGGAGUUUACGUGGCUGCCCCCCCCAACCAGGACCUUGCCCUUCCCUUUAUUUGCAGGGCAGUUCCAAGGUCAGAUCUCUAUUCCAACGCUGCGCCCGUGGGCAGCAGCGGAUGAUAUGGAUGAUGCUCUCCAGUGAGCGCGAUGCACUGAAGCCUGGGCAGCCAGUAACCUGAGGGUGAGCAGGGAAAAUGCCAGGCAGCCACAAAGGAAUGAAGUUUAGGGAGACCUUUGGGGAGCUCGGAGGGAGAGCAAGAGGCACAAACGGGUCAGCUGUGUGCUCAGCAGGAUUUUCCGCUUCUGCAAGGAAACCCUCCCGGUGGAGCUCUCCGGGGAGGAUGCUCAGCACUCUUCUUUCCACCUGCCCUAAGCGUUCUGCUCAGCCUUAAGCUGAAUGAGUUACUUUCUUGGCAGCUUUUGCUCUCCACUUGGCAAUGAGUGGCUCAGCCAGUCCUCAUCCAGGCGAGCGACGCCCUGCGCUCUGCCAGCUCUGCUCAGCUGAGGGGCAGCCUUCUCAGACCCCGCUGCCAUUUCUCCUACCUGCCCACGCUCUCUUUCAGCCCCCCCACGGAGGUAACAGGCAGUGCCGUGACGGCUGGAGCUGACAGUGCUGCCUGCAAUCACUGCCACCAAUCCACCCUUGCCAACGGAGCCCAGAGCCACGCGUGCGUCUCCCCGGCUGCAGGCAGGGAGGGAGAAAGCAAUCAACCACUGGACACGUGCCAGCCCAAGAGGAGAUGGGGGUCUCUCGGGCGUCCCUGUGACGCUCCGCCAUUAGGUUACAAUGGCCUCAGCAAACCAAGUGCCUAAUGGGCUAUGGGAACAUCUCCAGUGCCUUGUUCUGCCAACAGGGUUCCCUACGCCUGUAUGUCUCAAAACCCGCGGUCUGUCAGCUUGAGAAAUGAGAUGAGGCAACACCCAAAGUGCUACAGGUGGUCCUGCCCCUGCACAGCUGUUUUACAGCAGGAAAACAGGAGGGGCUGACAGCAAUCCGUGGUAUCAGAGGAGAGAAUCAGAAUGUCGUCUUCAGCAUCUUAUGUUGCAGUAAUACCUUUUGUCUUAACGUACAUCACAAAUCAUACACCUGUUCCACCAGCAGCCAAGCAGGAAUGAUCUCAGAAGGGUUUUGUGACAAAAGAAAAAGUCAAGAAGAUUGCUUCUCAGCCCACGGAAACAGCUGUUUGCACAGACCACCCCUAGAAGGCUCUCUGCCCCACCCAUCCAUACCCACUGCCGUGUUCCCCAUCCCCAAUCAGUAACCAGAGAGUUCACAAUCAGGCCUUUACCUGCGUGAGACGGAGGGAGCUCUGAGCCAACGUCUCCAGCCCUGCAGCUCGGGGAAACCCUUCUUCAGCUGGAAACAGGAGCUUCAUCUCUCUAGACAUUCUUGGCAGGAAGGAAGACAAGCGUGGAAAUGAGGCCACUUGCCAAAGUUUGGCCGUUUCGGAGUUUGUUUCAAAAGCAAAUUCACAAACAUUCUGUCCUACUGUCAAGAGCUUAAAGCCUGUAAAUAGAGACUAUACCACCACUGCAAGAAUUAAGGAAAAAAUAAAAUAAAUAAAAAAAAAAGUAAAGCACUAAUUUGUUUGGUUUAAAUGUUGCUGUCACAGCUUUAAUCACUGUAUAUUGCCAGCCAGUUCGUAGAGUUGCCUUCUUAGCAGGUAUUAUUGAUUAUAGGUUUUUAUUUGUGGGGAACAAGCGUGGUUUCCCUUCCUUUCUUUCUGAUUUAUAUUUAUAUUUUGCUAAAUUGGAGUGCCGAGUCUCCGGAUUCCCCACUUUUAUGUUUGGCUUAUUUAGACUUUGUUUUAUGCUGGAGGUAAAUAUGCCUAUAUAAAUAAAUAUAUGAAUAUUGCUUUGUAUCCAA